AUGGCACCGCAAAUCGCGAUUGUGGGUGGUGGUCCUGCGGGCUUGGCUCUUGCAGCUACCCUGCAGCAAAAGGGCAUUGACUACAUUGUUUACGAGCGGACCCAGAGAGAUUCCCCUCCGCAUGGGGGAUGUUUGGAUCUACAUCCCGGUAGCGGGCAGCGUGCCAUGCGCGAGGGUGGUGUGUUCGAGGAGUUCAAGAAGUACUCGCGCGUUGGCGACGCCACCAUUCAUCUCUUGUACAACCACAAGGGCGAGCAGCUCUUCAGGUUCGGAGAAGGUCGCGAUGCACCGGAAAUUGAUCGCUGGGCUAUUCGGAAGGUGCUUUUGACUGGCAUUCCGGAUGAGAAGGUCAUUUGGUCUAAGGCCGUGCAGAGCGCGGCGAGAGACGAGAAUGGCCAGGUGGUAAUCACCUUCACCGAUGGCACCACGGCGUGUGGAUUCAAGCUCGUUGUCGGGGCUGACGGUACUGCUAGCAAAAUCAGGCAUUUGGUCACCUCUGCCCAGCCAGUCUACUCUGACAAGCUUUAUAUCACGACUAAAAUCUUCCCAGAUAAUUCAUUCUACCCUAAGAUGGAGUCCAUUGCUGGCAAGGGAUCCAUGAUUGUGAUGGGAGAUGGCAAGCACAUGUUCAACUCUCGCCAAGGCGAUGGCCAUUACCGCGUCGACAUCGGUCUUCAAGCGCCCGAGAAUUUUCCCGCUUGCGACAACGUGGACUUUUCUGAUUUCGAUGCGGCAAAGAGAUUCCUCCUUCAGGAAGAAUACUUUGGAUCUUACUCUCCAGAGAUGCAGGAUAUCAUCCGGCAGAGUGACGGCCCUUUCCGUCCAUGGUUGAUGUAUUACAUGCCAACCGAGCAUUUGAACUGGGAGUCUGUCCCUAGUGUUACGCUUAUUGGUGACGCGGCGCACGUCACUACACCAUUCGUUGGAGACGGUGUCAACUGUGCGAUGCGAGAUUCGGUGAUACUUGCGCACAAGUUGGAGGAAUUCGGAAUCACACAGGAGGCAAUUGUCGCUUAUGAGAAGGACAUGUUCCCAUUUGCGAUUGAUGUCAUUUCGAGGAGUCUGUUGAGUGGGGAGAUGUUCUUCGAGAAGGAGUCUCCAAAGACUUUCAUGGAGGCUAUGGCGUCUGGGAAGCCGUUGAUUGGAACGACGGAUUAUAUAUAG